CCUGGCCACUCCUUUAGAUACUGCCCUGCACUCCGAACCACGUGUCACCCAGUCAGGCCACAACUUCCACGUGACCCUCACGUGACCAGCCUCUCUCUAGUCUCUCCCCUUCUCUGCUUCCCUUCCCUCUGUAGAACCCAAAGGUUUUACUGUUCUAGGCUCUUUGAUUGGCAUGCCUUUGCCUUACCUCCUUUCCUCUUACGCUCAGUGAGUGGAAAAGCUUGCAAAUCUGUUGAUUUUGCUUGUUAUCGAGUGAUUGGCGAUGCGUGCGAUAAGCCCAGAACGUUUCUUUGAAUCGGGUUGCGACUUUGUGGUCCUUUUGUACAGCUAUGUUUGAUUGGAACGACGAAGAGUUAACUAACAUAAUAUGGGAUGAGGAUGACAGAGACAACCAUAUUGUACCUAAUCCAGAGACAAGUGAAGCUUAUAGCAGGAAGAUGGAAUGGACUCAUGAAGCUAGUAACAGUAAGCUAGAGGAGCAGAAGGCUCCUGCAACUGAAGUUGCUAUCCAUGGCCGAAAGCUAGAGAGCACUUCAAACAUCAACAAUGGUGAAGGAACUUCUGCCUCAGGAUAUCACAUGGACCCUUGGCCUGGCAUAUCUUUAGCUAGAGCUUCCGAAACGAAUCAGGGUUCCUUGGAAACUUCCGGGUCUAGUUUAAGUGAGAUUACCAAAUUUGACUCUUCUGGAGAGGCGGCUGAUCCCGAUAAGGACCCUGAAAUUUACCGCAAUCCCGAUGAGAGUGAAGGACAAGCUGGCUUUGUUGACUACAGUUGGGCUGAUAUCGGAAGCUUUGAUGACCUUGAUCGAAUUUUCAGCAAUGAUGAUUCCAUUUUUGGUAAUGUACAUCUUGGUAAUUCUGAUGAGAUGUGGUCUUCGUCGAAAGAAGUGUCGAGUAGCCCGGAGAAGUCCUUUCCCUUAUCCACAGAGUCUCCCAGUUUUAAAGUAGUGGUUCCAGGGGGUACAUCCGAGCACUAUGGUGCCAGAACAGGAUAUGCACAACAGGAGGAGCAGCAGGUUGCUCUUGGUUAUGCAAGAGCGAGUGAUCAGACAUGUUCUGCUGCACAGAGUGAACAUGCAGCUGGAAAGUCUGCAGAAUAUGGUGGAGCUGACAAUAAUGUCACUGUUAAUGAGCAGACAGAUUUGAAAGGACAAGGAAGAAAUCCUGCAGUGAACUCACAGCUUACUGUGGAAAGUUCUGUAAUGCCAAAUUUUUUGGCAGACAAGGUUUGGCUACUAUUUUAAUGACGCUGGACAGGAUUUGUCAAAAUUUCCAUUCCAUUCCAGUCCUGUCCAGUCCAUACUGACAAAACGCUGGACAAUAGGCACUACAAUCACUGUUCUGGGUUGAAUUUUGUCAUAUGUUUUAUCAGGUCCAUAAGCAAAAGAAUCUGAAAGUUCGGAAAAAGAUGAUGCAGAGAAGUGAAUUAAACUCAUGCCCGACUGCAUAUCCUAACUGGAAUACAUCAGGAACUCCUUCUGGUCAGUUCAAGGAUGUACUUGCACCUUCGAUAGUGCAAUCUUCUGCUCCAGUGCUCAAACAGCAAAACCAGCAAGGAGAACCUGAAUCGAUACAGUACCAGCAAAUGCAAAUCUCCAGUCCAUUUGUGGCCUCCUCUGGUUAUGGGAAUGUUAAUAUAGCAAACCCUUGUUCAUCCAUGCCUUUGCUGUCUCAUGCUCAGUCUUUGGAAUUCAAGAAUCAGUCUUUGCUUCCUGGCUAUGAUGUGUCACCAAAUCAGUCUUCCAUAAACAAUUUGAACGGCGCUGCAGUGAAAAGUAAGAUGAUGACAUCUCAGGAAAAAAUUGAAAAAUUAAGGAGGCGGCAGCAAAUGCGGGCUAUUCUUGCCAUUCAAAAACAGCAACAGCAGUUUGUAAACCAUCAAGCUUCAUGCCGUGAUCAUCAAAUCAACAAAAGAGCGUGGGAAGAAACUCAAGUUCAGCAGAGUAGUGGUGAUAUGGAAGGAGUUGAGGACCCGAGUGGUCUAUCCACAUUUGAGCUGGGUUCACCACCUGAACAGGAUGAUUCCAGUAUGGUGUCUCUCUCUGUGAAAGACUAUGGAACGGAAGAGUCGACCCUUCACCAGCUUCAAGACAUAAUUGCAAAGUUGGAUGUCACGAUUCGACUUUGCAUACGAGAUAGCUUGUUUCGGUUGGCUCAAAGUGCAACGCAAAGGCAUUCUGUGAAUGACACCAGGUGUACAAACAUAAGUUGCAAGGAUGAACUUGGUGUUAAACAGCAAGCUGCCAGUGGUCAUGACAGGAAUACCAUGAUACCUGAAGAAGAAACCAAGACCAACCCAAUCGAUCGAAUCGUGGCUCAUUUGCUCUUUCAUAGACCUCGGGAGCUGCCCGGAAAACUCUGUGAUACCCCUGAAUCACCACCUGUCUCUUCCAAGCCCCCACAGGAACGCCAGGGUGUAUCAGAACAGCUAGUGAGCUUCCUCUCCGAGACACCGAGAGAUGAACAGCAGAACUUUUCGGGCUCUAAAACUUCUUGCCUAUCAGCUGAUCCCAACCUUACCGGUUGUCAGGCUCAAAAUGUUACAUCAUCAGAGAAUGCAUCAAACAGCGGACAGGCAGACAAGGUUAGUAGAGGUGUGGAAGCCUCGAUAUGAGCAAAAACAGUGCUCUGCCCAUGGAGCCAUAAGUAAUAGUCGUACUGUCUUUCCUUCCAACCUCUGGCAAGUAUGCCAGGAUAAGUUGGUACUUGUACCCAUUUUUACUGGUAAUGUUAAGGGAGUUAUUUAUUAUUGUCCGUAUACUCGUCAACCUUUUGCAAAAUGAGGAAAAAAAGGAAUGUGUUAUCUUUCCCAAAUAUUCGGACUUCAUGACCCUUUUGCUGUGUUACAAACUCAACCUUGAGAUGUACUCAUCCGAGCGUGAAUGUGCUGUUGAAUUGAUAACUUUCGGUCGGUAUCUCGAACUUGGUGCUGCCAUGUAUGGUUAAUGGUUGUAGCAGUGACAUAAAGGUAGUGUUAUUAAGAUCGAUUCGAGCUGGUCGGUCCAACUGGUAAAAUCGCCAUAUGACUUUCAAAUUGGUUCGGGUCAGUAUAAAACCCAUAAUGGGUAGAAUGGGC